UAGUAUCCUAAUAUUAUAGUCUUGGUUGAAAGGAGAAAUAAAUAAAAAUUGUUGGAAUAAUACGUUAGAAAUUAGAAUUUUCAAUUGGGAGAGGAGAAUCUUUAAAAGUCAGGAAAAUAAGUUGUAUUAUUAUCUAACAUGUUCUUAAAGAUUAAUAAUGAUAGGAGCUAUGCAGUUACAGUUUUUCUAAGUCCUUAAAACAUAAGAUUACAAAGAAGUAAAUGAACACUACAAAGUGGCUGAAAAAAAUUAACUAUUGAGGUGACAUAUUUUUGAAGGAAAACUUCAUCAAUCUUUCAUUUCAACAGAUUAGUGCUUAGUUUUUUUGUUUCUUUAAUUUUAGAAAACUUUUAAUUGAGUGUUACAACUUGAAUAUAAUAGACUAUUUAAAAGUGAUUUUAAAUAAAUGGGAAACUCAUGACUUGUGCGCUUACACAAAGAAUAUAAACCUGUUGGUAGGACCUAGUUUAGCCAGUCAGUCUUAAUAUGUGUGCUCUAGUGAUCCACUUCUCUUACCAAUUUGUUAUUUAUUCAGACUACCAUUAAAUCUCAUAAUGUUUAAGGAGGCAAGUGAAAAGUGGCUUUAACAAAAAGGGAUGUUAAGGGCCUUACUUGAAGUUUGGUGACCUCAAUUGGUUCCACUAUCCAGUGAUAUUAUUUGAGACUUGAACUCAUUCCACUCUUUCAGCCUGCCGUACUUAUUCUCCUUUAUGUGAAUAACCGCAAUGAUCUUUACCGUCCCAUGAUAUCAGGAAUUGAAAUUGCAUGGAAGUACUAGUUAUAAAGUGGUUAUCCUAGAUACUUUAGAAUAAGCAUGUAUAAAUGAUUUUCAUCUUUUGAAUGUUAACACAAAGUUUGAAAAUUCCAAAUAAACUCCUGGAAUUAAGUUUGAAAAACAGUUUCAGUCAGUUUUGGAGAAUCUUUUUCAUGAGGUAUAAGAUCUUGUUUAUGAAUAUUUGAUUAUUCCAUACAACAGAAAUUAAAAGUACACUCAGUAAUGAAGUUCCUAAAAAUUAUCCUCUGUUUUUGUAGACAGCUUUCAAAUCUAUCUUUAGUCAUGUGUUUGCAUACAUGUAUAUGCAGGUAUUUACCCAUGCUCUGAGUUGGGAGGAUAGUAGGUUGAUAGGAGCUUGGUUAGUUAAGUUUAUUAGGAAUGAUAUCAACAGAUUAGCACCAGAAGAAUGGAUAGGUGGGUUGUUUGUGCUUCAACAUUUAGUAGUAUUCCCAGCCCAACAAGGCAAGGUAUUCAAUUUCCCUUUGAUUGCAUCUCAUAAACCCAAAAAUUUAAUAAAACUUGUAGUAUUGGAAAGUACCUUAGGGAUUUUCUAGUCCAGUUUUCUACUUAAUAUGAAUAUUUUAUCUAAUAAAACCAAAACCAUUGCCAUUGAAUCGAUUUCGACUCCUAGUGAUCCUAUGGGACAGAGCAGAACUACUCGAUAGGGUUUCCAAGCAGUGGCUGGUGGAUUUGAACUGCCAAACUUUUGGUUAGCAGCCAAGAUCUGUAACCACUGUGCCAAGAGGGCUCCAUUUUAUCUAAUACUCAUGCUGAAAACUUCUAGCUAUAGGCAGCUCACAGUCUGACCAAAUGCAUUAUGGGGCACAUGCUCUAAUUAUUUGAGAGUUCUUUAUUAUUUUUAACUUAAAACUGUCUCCCUAGGACUGCAUAGGAUGCUGUAACUCCAGAAGAAUUAGGAAUUUCUGCUUUAACUUGUAAAUUUCUCCAGCUCUAAAUUUCUGCCAGGUAAUGUAAACUACAAUGCCUUAACACAUCCAGAGGACGUGGGGGUAAACAUCAAUAUUUCCUCAAGGAGGAAAUUAUUUUUAUCCCUGAUGCUCACUGGAUGGUCACUGACCCAUCUGCAUCAUGGGUUCAGCUUAUCUAAAUGCUGCUCAGUGAAAUAAAAUUAUGAGCGUGAAUUGAUUCAUAAUCCCAGAGGUUUUUGAAUUUACAGAAUGACUUUUUAUCUGGAGUCCUCUAAGUGUUUCCAGAGACUAAUAUUUGAAAUACACACCCUGUUCGUGAUUCAUGCCCCCUAGUUUUGUAAGUCAAAUACUCAUUUGAAUUCUGAUGAGGCACUCAGCCUACAAAAAAAGCCUAGUGUUUGUACAGAGUUGUGAGGUGUUGGGGGUGGUAAGUCUAAAACAAUUGGAAGAGAUAAUGACUUUUUCAAGCCUUAUUGAGGUGAUAACUCAGAGUCAAUUACACAGCAACACGUAUUAAUAAAUAAGUGAGUGGCAUACAAGUUGCUUAGCUAAAUGCUUAGGCAGCUAUGGGCUAAGGGAUCAUAGUAGCAUGGAAUUAACUGGGAAAGCUUUUUAUUAAACUUACUUAAAAAUAAAUGAAAUUUUAAAGAUUUUAAGUAAGUGGUUGUUGUUACCUGCUGUUGAGUUGCUCCCAACUCACGGGAACCCUAUACACAAUGGAAUGAAACACUGCUGGGUCCUGCAACUUCCCACGAUCGGUUGCAGAUUGGACCGUUGUGAUCCGUUGGGUUUUAAUGCUUUUUAGAAGUAGAUCACCAGGCCUUUCUUCCUAGUCUGUCUUAUCUAGAAGCUUCGCUGAAACCUGUUCAGCAUCACAGCAGCAUCCAAGUCUCCCCUGAUAGACACGUGGUGGCUGCACAUGAGAUGCAUUGGCUGGGAACUGAACCCACGUCUCCUGUAUGAAAGGCGAGAACUCUACCACUGAAGCCACCGCUACCUCCUAAGUAGCAAGCAACCAUCUAAGAUGCAUCAAUUGGUCUCAACACACCUGGAGCAAAGGAAAAUGAAGAACACCAAAGACACAGUUCUUUUUGGAGGUGGAUAUCUGCUCAGACAAUAAGAAUCACAAGAGCUCUGAGAACUCAUUUUGAAGGAAUGAUGGAUGAGCCCACUGCCAUGGCCAAACCUGUAGAGCUGAACCAGCACUCUCGAUUCAUAAUUGGUUCUGUGUCUGAAGAUAACUCAGAGGAUGAGAUCAGCAACCUGGUAAAGUUGGACCUACUUGAAGAAAAGGAGGGCUCUCUGUCACCAGCUUCUGUCAGCUCAGAUACACUCUCUGAUUUGGGAAUCUCUGGCCUACAGGAUGGCUUGGCCUUACAGAUGAGGUCCAGCAUGUCUGGUAUGUACCUAGUGAAACAGGGUCGAGACCGAAAGAAAAUAGACUCACAGCGAGAUUUCACUGUGGCUUCUCCAGCAGAAUUUGUUACUCGUUUUGGGGGAAAUAAAGUGAUUGAGAAGGUUCUUAUUGCCAACAAUGGAAUUGCAGCAGUGAAAUGCAUGCGGUCUAUUCGUCGGUGGUCUUAUGAGAUGUUUCGAAAUGAGCGUGCAAUCCGGUUUGUUGUCAUGGUCACACCUGAAGACCUUAAAGCCAAUGCAGAAUACAUUAAGAUGGCAGAUCACUAUGUGCCAGUGCCUGGAGGACCAAACAACAACAACUAUGCAAAUGUAGAAUUAAUUCUCGAUAUUGCUAAAAGGAUCCCAGUACAAGCAGUGUGGGCUGGCUGGGGUCAUGCUUCUGAGAAUCCCAAGCUCCCGGAACUUCUCUUGAAAAAUAGCAUUGCCUUCAUGGGUCCUCCGAGCCAGGCUAUGUGGGCUUUGGGGGAUAAGAUUGCAUCUUCCAUCGUGGCUCAAACAGCAGGUAUCCCAACUCUUCCCUGGAGUGGCAGUGGUCUUCGUGUGGACUGGCAGGAAAAUGAUUUUUCGAAACGUAUCUUAAAUGUUCCCCAGGAACUGUACGAGAAAGGUUAUGUGAAGGAUGUAGAUGAUGGGUUGAAGGCAGCGGAAGAAGUUGGAUAUCCAGUAAUGAUCAAGGCUUCAGAAGGAGGAGGAGGGAAGGGAAUCCGAAAAGUCAACAAUGCAGAUGACUUCCCUAACCUCUUCAGACAGGUUCAAGCUGAAGUCCCUGGAUCACCUAUAUUUGUGAUGAGACUAGCCAAACAGUCUCGUCACUUGGAGGUGCAGAUCCUAGCAGAUCAGUAUGGCAAUGCCAUCUCUUUGUUUGGUCGUGACUGCUCUGUACAGCGCAGGCACCAGAAAAUUAUUGAAGAGGCACCUGCUGCUAUUGCUACUCCAGUGGUAUUUGAACAUAUGGAACAGUGUGCGGUGAAACUUGCCAAAAUGGUUGGUUAUGUGAGUGCUGGGACUGUGGAGUACCUCUACAGCCAGGAUGGCAGCUUCUACUUUUUGGAACUGAACCCUCGGCUACAGGUGGAGCACCCUUGUACAGAGAUGGUGGCUGAUGUCAACCUCCCCGCAGCACAACUCCAGAUUGCCAUGGGGAUCCCUCUAUAUAGAAUCAAGGAUAUCCGUAUGAUGUAUGGGGUAUCUCCCUGGGGCGAUGCUCCCAUUGAUUUUGAAAAUUCUGCUCAUGUUCCUUGCCCAAGGGGCCAUGUUAUUGCUGCUCGGAUCACUAGUGAAAAUCCAGAUGAGGGUUUUAAGCCCAGCUCAGGAACAGUUCAGGAGUUGAAUUUCCGCAGCAAUAAGAACGUUUGGGGUUAUUUCAGUGUUGCUGCCGCAGGGGGACUUCAUGAAUUUGCUGAUUCUCAGUUUGGUCACUGCUUUUCCUGGGGAGAAAACAGAGAGGAAGCAAUUUCAAAUAUGGUAGUGGCUUUGAAGGAGCUGUCUAUUCGGGGUGAUUUUCGAACUACAGUUGAAUACCUGAUCAAAUUGUUGGAGACUGAAAGCUUUCAGUUCAAUAGAAUUGACACUGGUUGGCUGGACAGACUGAUAGCCGAAAAAGUACAGGCAGAGAGACCUGACACCAUGUUGGGAGUUGUGUGUGGAGCUCUCCACGUGGCAGAUGUGAGCCUGCGGAAUAGCAUCUCUAACUUCCUUCACUCCUUAGAAAGGGGUCAAGUCCUUCCAGCUCACACACUUCUGAAUACAGUAGAUGUGGAACUUAUCUAUGAGGGGGUGAAGUAUGUACUUAAGGUGACUCGACAGUCCCCCAACUCCUACGUGGUGAUCAUGAAUGGCUCAUGUGUGGAAGUAGAUGUGCAUCGGCUAAGUGAUGGAGGACUGCUCUUGUCCUAUGAUGGUAGCAGCUAUACCACAUACAUGAAGGAGGAAGUAGAUAGGUAUCGCAUUACAAUUGGCAAUAAAACCUGUGUAUUUGAGAAGGAGAAUGACCCAUCAGUGAUCCGCUCACCUUCUGCUGGGAAGCUAAUCCAGUACAUUAUAGAGGAUGGAGGCCAUGUGUUUGCUGGCCAGUGCUAUGCUGAGAUUGAGGUGAUGAAGAUGGUGAUGACUUUGACAGCUGCAGAGUCUGGCUGUAUCCAUUAUGUCAAGCGGCCUGGAGCAGCUCUUGACCCUGGCUGUGUAAUAGCCAAAUUGCAGCUGGACAACCCCAGCAAGGUCCAGCAGGCUGAGCUUCACACAGGUAGUCUGCCACAGAUCCACAGCACAGCCCUCAGAGGCGAGAAGCUCCAUCGAGUUUUCCACUAUGUCCUGGAUAAUCUGGUCAACGUAAUGAAUGGAUACUGCCUUCCAGAUCCUUUCUUUAGCAGCAAGGUAAAAGACUGGGUAGAGCGAUUGAUGAAGACACUCAGAGAUCCCUCCCUGCCUCUCCUAGAAUUGCAAGAUAUCAUGACCAGUGUCUCUGGCCGUAUCCCCCCAAACGUGGAGAAGUCUAUCAAGAAGGAAAUGGCUCAGUAUGCUAGCAACAUUACAUCAGUCCUCUGUCAGUUUCCCAGCCAACAGAUUGCCAAUAUCCUAGAUAGCCAUGCAGCUACACUGAACCGGAAAUCUGAGCGAGAAGUCUUCUUCAUGAACACUCAGAGCAUUGUACAGCUGGUCCAGAGGUAUCGAAGUGGCAUCCGAGGCCAUAUGAAGGCUGUGGUGAUGGAUCUGCUCCGGCAGUACCUGCGAGUGGAGACUCAAUUCCAGAAUGGUCACUAUGACAAAUGUGUGUUCGCCUUACGGGAGGAGAACAAGAGUGACAUGAACACUGUACUGAACUACAUCUUCUCUCAUGCUCAAGUCACCAAGAAGAAUCUUCUGGUCACAAUGCUUAUUGAUCAGUUGUGUGGCCGAGACCCUACUCUCACUGAUGAGCUGCUGAAUAUCCUCACAGAGCUAACCCAACUCAGUAAGACUACCAAUGCUAAAGUGGCACUUCGAGCACGCCAGGUUCUUAUUGCCUCCCAUUUGCCGUCAUAUGAGCUUCGCCAUAACCAAGUAGAGUCUAUCUUCCUAUCAGCUAUUGACAUGUACGGACAUCAGUUUUGCAUUGAGAACCUGCAGAAACUCAUCUUGUCUGAAACAUCUAUUUUUGAUGUCCUACCCAACUUCUUCUAUCACAGCAACCAGGUAGUGAGGAUGGCAGCUCUGGAGGUGUAUGUUCGAAGGGCUUAUAUUGCCUAUGAACUUAACAGCGUACAACACCGCCAGCUUAGAGACAACACCUGCGUGGUGGAAUUUCAGUUCAUGCUGCCCACAUCUCAUCCAAAUAGAGGGAACAUCCCCACGCUAAACAGAAUGUCCUUCUCCUCCAACCUCAACCACUAUGGCAUGACUCAUGUAGCUAGUGUCAGCGAUGUGCUCUUGGACAACUCAUUCACUCCACCAUGUCAGCGGAUGGGCGGAAUGGUCUCUUUUCGGACUUUCGAAGAUUUUGUCAGGAUCUUUGAAGAAGUGAUGGGCUGCUUCUGUGACUCCCCACCCCAAAGCCCCACAUUCCCUGAGGCAGGUCACACAUCUCUAUAUGAUGAAGACAAGGUCCCCAGGGAAGAGCCAAUUCACAUUCUGAAUGUAGCUAUCAAGACUGACUGUGAUAUUGAGGAUGACAGACUGGCAGCUAUGUUCAGAGAGUUUACCCAGCAAAAUAAAGCUACCCUGGUUGAGCAUGGAAUCCGGCGCCUUACAUUCCUGGUUGCGCAAAAGGAUUUCAGGAAACAGGUCAACUGUGAGGUGGAUCAGAGAUUUCAUAGAGAAUUCCCUAAAUUUUUCACAUUCCGUGCAAGGGAUAAGUUUGAAGAGGAUCGUAUAUAUCGUCACCUGGAGCCUGCCCUGGCUUUUCAGUUGGAACUGAACCGGAUGAGAAAUUUUGACCUCACUGCCAUCCCGUGUGCUAAUCACAAGAUGCACCUGUAUCUUGGGGCAGCCAAGGUGGAAGUGGGCACAGAAGUGACAGACUAUAGGUUCUUUGUGCGGGCAAUCAUCAGACAUUCUGACCUGGUCACCAAGGAAGCUUCUUUUGAAUAUCUACAAAACGAAGGGGAGCGGCUGCUCCUGGAAGCCAUGGAUGAGUUGGAAGUGGCUUUUAACAAUACAAAUGUCCGUACUGACUGUAACCACAUCUUCCUCAACUUUGUGCCCACAGUCAUCAUGGACCCGUCAAAGAUUGAGGAAUCUGUGCGGAGCAUGGUAAUGCGCUAUGGAAGUCGUCUGUGGAAAUUGCGCGUCCUCCAGGCAGAACUGAAAAUCAACAUUCGCCUGACACCAACCGGAAAAGCAAUUCCCAUCCGCCUCUUCCUGACAAACGAGUCUGGCUAUUACUUGGACAUCAGCCUGUACAAGGAAGUGACUGACUCCAGGACAGCACAGAUCAUGUUUCAGGCAUAUGGAGACAAACAGGGACCACUGCAUGGAAUGUUAAUCAACACUCCAUAUGUGACCAAAGACCUGCUUCAAUCAAAGAGGUUCCAGGCACAAUCCUUAGGGACCACAUACAUUUAUGAUAUCCCAGAGAUGUUUCGGCAGUCCCUGAUCAAGCUCUGGGAGUCUAUGACCACUCAAGCAUUCCUUCCGUCACCUCCAUUGCCUUCUGACAUACUGACGUAUACUGAGCUGGUAUUGGAUGAUCAAGGUCAGCUGGUCCACAUGAACAGGCUUCCAGGAGGAAAUGAGAUCGGCAUGGUAGCUUGGAAAAUGACCCUUAAAAGUCCUGAAUAUCCAGAAGGCCGAGAUAUCAUUGUUAUUGGCAAUGACAUAACAUACCAAAUUGGGUCCUUUGGGCCCCAGGAGGAUUUGCUGUUCCUCAGAGCGUCUGAGCUUGCCAGGGCAGAAGGUAUCCCACGCAUCUAUGUAGCAGCCAACAGUGGAGCAAGAAUUGGACUGGCAGAGGAAAUUCGUCAUAUGUUUCAUGUGGCCUGGGUAGAUCCUGAGGACCCGUACAAGGGAUACAAGUAUUUAUAUCUGACCCCUCAAGAUUAUAAGAGAGUCAGUGCUCUCAACUCUGUCUAUUGUGAACACGUGGAGGAUGAAGGAGAAUCCAGGUACAAGAUAACAGAUAUUAUUGGGAAGGAAGAGGGACUUGGCGCAGAGAAUCUUCGAGGUUCUGGAAUGAUUGCUGGAGAAUCCUCACUGGCCUAUGAUGAGAUCAUCACCAUCAGCCUGGUGACGUGCAGGGCCAUUGGGAUUGGAGCUUACCUUGUCCGGCUGGGACAGAGAACCAUCCAGGUUGAGAAUUCUCACUUAAUUCUGACAGGAGCUGGGGCCCUUAACAAAGUCCUUGGGCGGGAAGUGUACACCUCCAAUAACCAGCUUGGGGGCAUCCAGAUCAUGCACAACAAUGGGGUGACACACAGCACCGUGUGUGAUGACUUCGAAGGGGUUUUCACUGUCCUGCAUUGGCUGUCUUACAUGCCUAAGAGUGUAUACAGUUCAGUUCCCCUCCUGAACUCCAAGGAUCCUAUAGAUAGAAUCAUCGAGUUUGUUCCCACAAAGGCCCCGUAUGAUCCCCGAUGGAUGCUAGCAGGCCGUCCUCACCCAACCCAAAAAGGCCAGUGGUUGAGUGGAUUUUUUGACUAUGGAUCUUUCUCAGAGAUUAUGCAACCCUGGGCACAGACUGUGGUGGUUGGCAGAGCUAGGCUAGGAGGAAUACCUGUGGGAGUAGUUGCUGUUGAAACCCGAACAGUUGAGCUAAGUAUCCCAGCUGAUCCUGCAAACCUGGAUUCCGAAGCCAAGAUAAUCCAGCAGGCCGGCCAGGUUUGGUUCCCAGACUCUGCAUUUAAGACUUACCAGGCUAUCAAAGACUUCAACCGUGAAGGGCUGCCUCUGAUGGUCUUUGCCAACUGGAGAGGCUUCUCUGGUGGGAUGAAAGAUAUGUACGACCAAGUGCUGAAGUUUGGUGCUUACAUUGUGGACGGCUUACGCAAGUGUUCCCAGCCUGUGAUGGUUUACAUUCCUCCCCAGGCCGAGCUGCGAGGUGGCUCCUGGGUUGUGAUUGACCCCACCAUCAACCCCCGGCACAUGGAGAUGUAUGCUGACCGAGAAAGCAGGGGAUCGGUUCUGGAACCAGAAGGGACAGUAGAAAUCAAAUUCCGCAAAAAGGAUUUGGUGAAAACCAUGCGUCGGGUGGACCCCGUCUACAUCCGCUUGGCGGAGCGAUUGGGCACCCCAGAGCUAAGCCAAGCUGAGCGGAACGAGCUGGAGAACAAGCUGAAGGAGCGGGAGGAAUUCCUAAUUCCCAUUUACCAUCAGGUAGCCGUGCAGUUUGCUGACUUGCAUGACACACCAGGCCGGAUGCAGGAGAAGGGUGUUAUUAAUGACAUCCUGGAUUGGAAAACAUCCCGUACCUUCUUCUAUUGGCGGCUGAGGCGUCUGCUGCUGGAGGACCUAGUCAAGAAGAAAAUCCACAAUGCCAACCCCGAGCUGACUGAUGGCCAGAUCCAGGCCAUGUUGAGGCGCUGGUUUGUGGAGGUAGAAGGAACUGUGAAGGCCUAUGUUUGGGACAAUAAUAAGGAUCUGGUGGAAUGGCUGGAGAAACAGCUGACAGAGGAAGAUGGUGUCCGCUCAGUGAUAGAGGAAAACAUCAAAUAUAUCAGCAGAGACUAUGUCCUCAAGCAGAUCCGCAGCUUGGUACAGGCCAACCCAGAGGUCGCCAUGGAUUCCAUCGUCCACAUGACUCAACACAUCUCACCCACUCAGCGAGCAGAAGUUGUACGGAUCCUGUCCACGAUGGACUCCCCUUCAACAUAGGAAGAGCUUCCUGUCCCCUCCCUGCCCUGCCUCCAGAGAAAGGGCUGGAACUGCCUUUUACGACUGAAACCACUGUAAUGAGAUGGCACAGGAGACCCAGCUCUGGAAUCAAAGUGGCAUUUUGCUUCCCCUUGAAUGUGUUCUGGUUAUGCAUGACAUAUACUGGGCUAUACAAUCACGAAGUCCCACUCCAGCCACCGAUCACACCUAUCCCAUUCACUAUUUAUUACCCUGGCGGCAGUUAUCACCCUCUCUCCCUGCACAGGACCUGAGAAGACAAUGACGGGUACAAGCACGUACCCUGAAGUCUUACUACACAAAAGCAGGGCUGCGCCUCCUCUCCUGGCAGUCCUUGGUCCCAUCAUGGGAAGUGUAAGGAGUUGCCAGGCAGUCAGCAGCACUGCCUCAGCCCCAGCUCCAUGAGCCUGUGGCCUCUGGCGACAGAGGAGGGCUGUGGCUGAGCUCACAGCCCAGCACAGGUCUGAGGAGAAGAGGGAGGCUAGUGUCAGUUGUUUCUUUAGCCCCACAUUCAGCCCAGCACACACUGGAUACUGGCAAGGAAUCAGUCCCAGUUUGACCACAGCGUUCAUUAGGAAGGAAUUAAGAGCAUGAAGUUUUCUGCAAGCUCCACGGGAACUCAAAGAUGAGGGUAAAACCACAAUGCAAGAAGCAGAAGGAAGAAAAUAGACCAAAGUUGUCAUUCUUGACUGAAAGGACUUCAACCUUGGGUUAAAUUCUCUUAGAACAGAUGGAAUGGCAGUUGAUCUGCCAUUGGCCUGCACAUCACUGCUGACUGGCUGUCGCAUCUGGAGGGGAGCUGAAAGACCAGCACCUGAAACGCCCCGCCCCUCUGCCAGGGGACCCACAAGCACUGCUGUAGCCUAAGUUGGUGGGGACAGUCAGACGGACGUGCCAUGUACUAUCUCUGGUGGAAACUAGUUACUCAUACCACAGGGAGAGCAGGCCAGAUAGCCUCUUUCUAGGACUUCGAAGAUUGUUACCAGUAAGCCAGGAGCUUUGAUAGUUACAAAAGGUUCAUGGUACCUACAGAGCCACUCUAUCUCUAAGGCAACUGUGAGCUACUCUUCAAGCAGCUGACAUUCCAACCCCAUUUGGGUCUUAUCUCUUCCCCAGACUGUACACAGGCAACAGGUGCAGCAGGUCUCCCCACAGCUGCUGAAAGGAACCCUGGUGAUAUCUGGGCUCUUGGCACCAGGAUCCCACCCUCCUCGGUGUGGGGAGGCUUCCAAGGACCCACGUGACUUUAAGAAUAUCUGCAACUCAAUAAUGGUGCUGUGGUCUUCCAGGCUUACUGGUCCCUUCCUGGCCUCCUCAGGGGUAGUGGAGAGAGUUAUUUUCAACAACCAGAUCAUUCAAGAAAAGCACUUACUGGCUCACCCAUCUGUAUUCCUCAAGCAAGAGUGGCAGGUGAUCAGGGCUGGGGUAGCACUCAGGUCCUGUGGUGCAGCUAAUUGCAUUUGUCACCAGUGACCACAGAGGAAAUCACUAAGACAUUAGAAUGAAAAGUAUGAAUACUUACAUACAAGCUACAGUUUUGAGCCUUAAUCCUAGUUCACACACAAGAAAGAGCUCUACUGCCCCUUCUUUAGGAAGUGUUUGUGCAGAUGGCUUGGCUGGGCUUUUCAGCAGUUCUAACUUGGAGGUGGGCACUUUACGUGCAAAUGGUUCUGAUGACAUGUGCCUGGGUCCAUCACUGACUGCCCCUGGGAGCUCGAAGCCAUAGCCAGGCUGCCCCUCAUGGAAGGCGCAGUGUUUGACACCAUCAAAGCAGGGUAGGAAAAGUGGGGAGCAAUUCUCAGUCCAGGAAGAAGCAACGCUGUUGCUGGUUACUUGCUUAUGGAUGAAUCUUAGACCAGAUUAUGCCUCUACACUUGUAAUAAAUACAAUUGCACGUCCCUGCAGGUGGUCGGAAGUCCUGCACUCCUCAGUUGGCCUGUCUUCACCUAUACUUGCCCUGACAUUUCUUCAGAGGCAGGAUGGGUUAUGCUCUUUUUACCCCCUCCCCAAAUUAUGACACAUUAAAUGAAGACAUUUCCUCUCCAGAACCCUGUAAUGCCUACUCCCCGCCAGCCGUCCUCACUUGAGGUAUUACCCUGGACAGGGAUUUUUCACAGGGAGAAGUCAGAAAGCGCCACAGAAUGGGAGCAAUCUGAUAGUGCCCCAGCCCAUUACACGUGCAAGGUUACUGAGGCAGGAGGAGUGUAAAUGAUGUAUUGACCAAGACUCGCUUGAACUGCGAUUGCCAUAUUAUCUCUUCACUUGUUCACAAAGCAGCCUUCACUUGUCUCGGUGAGAAUUCGAUGGACACAGACCUUGAUGAGCAAGGAGCUUCAGUCAAACGCAUUCUUUUCACAUUUUGUUGAAAUAAACCUCCACAUUUGUAGAAGAGUUACUGUUUGUCAUUUCAGCCCAUGCCCAGCCACCUCAUCUACUCCACUGUCAGCAGGGGAGUGGGAAUGCAGUGGUGGGGUGAGCCCUGCCAUGCCCCUGCAACAUGUUCCUGUGCUUUGUCUCUUUAACUCACAUAAGAAGGAGCUGGGGAAAGCAGUAAAAAGCUGAUCUUGGCCAGCCCUGGCUUACUGGCCGAAUCAAGGUAAAAAUGCUGCAAGGCUGUCAGUACUCUGGAACUCCACAGCUGAAAGUCAACUCUUCAGUGUCAUUUUUGUUGUAAUUUUCUGAGAAUAGGUUUAGGACAGGGGUGAGAAAGGCCACAAGGAAGAAGGAGCUUGACCCACUGGUAGCAUGUGCUGAGCCGGAAAGCCACCUGAAAGCCUUUGAAGCCCCGAGUCAGUUCUCUCAGAAGUCUCCUCUCUAGCAGGCAUUAAGUUGAGAAGGUUCUAAUAUGCUCAGUCAUUAACACUGGGACCAAAUGGCAGAUAUUAGAGAUUUUAUGGAAAGGUUUUAGAUUGUCUUCAUCAUUAGCUACUUAAUCCUUCUUGAAGUCUAACUUUGGGCACAGGAAGGCACUAGGGGAGGACACGUACAGGAUUGUAUGCCUUUAAUCCUCUACCUCAGUUUCUCUCAAAAGGCACUCUAUAAACCCACAUGGUUGAGGCAAGAACAAACACCAAUCCCUAAACAUCUACAAAGAAAGGUGCAGGCCACAAGGAAGGAGGGAAGGGAAUUAGUGGUCUUGGCUGAUUGUUGAAACUCAGUGCUACACGUCCAUCUCCCUCUUCAGAAUAUGUGGUAAAGCAAAGAAUGGCUUUUUCUAAAAUGAAAUGUUACAUUAAAAAAAAAAAAAAUCAGUUUGAAUCACUCUUAAACAUGUCUAGAAAUGGAGUAGGAAGGGAGAUUCAGGAUCCAGUAGGGAAAUUGCUGCUCUUUGCCUCCUGCUGCCGAGCUCUAUGAGCAGAGAAUCCUGGUCAGCAUUGAGGCCCUCCACUCUGCUGAGAUGAUGGCUUUGUGAACAUGAGAAGGCUGUGUAUAAAGGUUUAGAAUACAGCCUGGUUCAAUGAAAAGAGCAUGGCCUUGCAUACCAAGAAAUCAGGGUCCAAACCCAGCUCCAUCAUGUGUGCAGCCCCCAAGAUAUAGGGGUCACCCAGUGCAGUAGACCUGGGCCACCCACAGAAGACAUAGAAAUACUAAUGGGUCAGCUAUUCUCAAUACUCUCAAAAAUCCUGCAUGCGCCUCAGUCAGGUGUCAGAGGCUUGCCAUGCCAUUGUCUUUCUGUUGACUGGGGUUUUACCAACCCAGGAAGGUAGCACUAGCCACCUUAUGCUCACCAGAAGCUCAAACGGACAGUUGUUAAACAAUGAGAAUAAGAUGUCUUCAUAAAUGCAUUAGUUCGUUAAGCAAAAUCUUCCAAAACAUGGGAUUCCCUGUGGUUAGUUGAGGGACAGAAUAACAGAGGCUCAGCCCUAACAGGGCUGGGAACCAUCCACUGGAUCCAGCCCACUAGGAACUGUAGGGGAUGGGGUAGACUAAAACUCAGAAGGGUUAAAUGAUGGGCUUAAUCCAAAAAUUCUGACUCUAUGAUUGGCCCUCUAGAGUGAACAGGAAGGGCUGGGGUGAGGAGAGAGAAACCACUAUAAAAGUCCAGGCCUCAGAUUAGGAAAAAGCUAACAGAAUUCUUCUCCAUACUAACUGGUACAUUAGAAUCCACUUAAAGGAGCAUAGACUUUGGAAUAAGCCCGGACUGGGUUCAAACAUCUGGUCCCUCAUAAACUCCUAUUGUCUUUGGACAAGUUCCUGACUUUCUCAUCUGUGAAAUUUGUAAAAUAAUAGGAGCCUCAAUGGGGCUUUUUGAAAAUUAUCUUAAGGUAGUUAACAGGAAUCGAGUGCUGAGCUUUAGUAACAAAUUCUCAAUACAUAGGUUUCUCUGUGCCCUCCCCCUUACUUAUGUUCACAAGAUUGGGGACCCGUCAUCACUCAGUAGUACCUUCCUUGUAGGGUGUUGUCAUGGAACCAUCCCGUUGGUGAGGAUAGUAUCUAGAAAAGAGUGUCUCAGGCAUUGAGCUACAUGAACACUAAGCAGUGUCACUGAGGAGCAAUGCAGCUGAGUCAGAAGGCUGAGCUCUAAGCAUGGCUGCCCUCACAGUGGGGCCUUGAGCAGCUCAAGGGCCUUUUGGAGUCUUGGCUUCCUUGUAUAGAUCUCUCUCAGCUCUAAAAAGAUUAUAAUCUGGGUUAAUAUAAUGGAUGAAGCUGCAGUUUGGAUAAAAAUGUUCUGAUUUAGGCUGGACUUCCAAUAUGGUGGAGCCCUGGUGGUGCAGUGGUUAAGUGUUUGGCUGUUAACCAAAAAAGUCAGCAGUUUGAAUCCACCAGCUGCUCCUUGGAAACCCUAUGAGGCAGUUCUCCUCUGUCCUGUAGGGUUGCUAUGAGUCAUAAUCGACUUGAUGGCAAUGGGUUUGGGUUUUUUUUUUUUUGGACUACAGCAAAGCAAGCCCAGAAAACCUGCAAGUUUGCUGCUGGAGGGGGCUAUUUGGAAAAAAUUGACACCCAGUGGCAUUGUCACUAACAAAAGUGAUUUCAGCGGAAAACAGGGAAGACCAAUGGCUCAGUUAGCCUAAAAUUAUGUUCCUGGUUGACUCAAACAACAGACCAGCAGGCUAGACAGAAAUUUAACAGAAACAGGAAAUUAGAUAGCCAUAAAAAACCAAACCUGUUGCCGUCGAGUCAAUUCCGACUAAUAGCGACCCUACAGGACAGAGUAGAACUUCCCCAUAGGGUUCCCAAGGAGCAGCUGGUGAAUGUGAACUGCCAACCUUAUGGUUAGCAGCCCAGCUCUUAACCACUGAGCCGUAGAUGACCUUAAUAAGCUCUCCACACAUCCACAGAGGACAGCUGAGAGAGGGCCCAAACUAUCUAUACAUCCCCAGCUGACAAUAAACCUGUGAACAAGAUAUGAGAGGGCCCAGGAGAAAGUAAAAGCCAGGGCAGAGUUAAAAACUGCCUAAAUUUUGAAUGUGCUCCCCAACACACAUACAGAUCUAUCAGUAUAGGGUAGGAGCCUUACUGGCUCCGGUAUUUGAGCACAACUCCUCCCAAAUCUUUGGCUGACCACUAGAUGAUGCAGGCUCAAGGGUGACUCCUAGAAGGCUAGGCUUAAAGAUAAGAGCAAGAAUUUUAAAAAGACAAAAACUGAUAGAGACAUCAGUGUCUGCACACUGGAGGGGAUACAGAUUCCAUAGACUUAGUCCAGUCAAGUUAUUAAGCAAACCAAAAAUAUGCAACAAGAAGACACUUCAGGGGAAAAAAUCAGGAUCUGUAACUACAAUAUAUUAUAAAGUCCAGUUUUAAACAACAACAAAAAAUUAUGAGACGUUCAGAGAAACAGAAGUCUAACUUCUACUUGGGGAAAAAAAAGUCAGUAAAAAUUCUCUGAGUGAGUCCCGAUAUUGAACUUAGCAGAAAAAGACUUCAAAAUCAGCUAUUAUAAAUUGUUCAGAGAACUAAAAGGAACCAUGUUUAAAGAAUUAAAGUAUGAUGACAAUGACUUAACAAGAAGAGAAUCUCAACAAAGAAAGAAAUUUUUUAAAAAAAAGGAAUUCUGGGGUUGAAAAGUUUAAUAACAAAUGAAAAUUUCACUAGAGGGACUAAACAGAUUUGAGAGAGAAGAAUCAUAAACUUAAGAUAGAGCAACAGGAAUUACCCAGUCUGUAGAAGAGAGAGAAGAAUCAAAAAUGAACAGAGCCUCACAGACCUGUGCAACAAUAUCGGGCAUAUGAAUAUACCAUAUUUUUACACAAAUAGCACGUCCCUUCUGUUUGUUUGCCAAUCACAGGGGGAGGAUGCAGUUGGCAAACAAAUGUAGGAGGCAUGUGUUAUUUGCGUAAAAAUAUGGUACGUGUAAUAGGAGUCCCAGAAGGAAAAAACAGAAAGGGUCAGACAAAAUAUUUGAAGAAAAAGGCCAAAAACUUCCCAAAUUUGAUGGAAAACAAUCUGCAGAUCUAAACAAGUUCGAUACAAACCCCAAGUAGGAUGAGCACAAUGAUCUAUACUUAGACACUUCAUAGCCAAAAUGUUGAAAGAUAAAGAGAAAAUCUUAAAAGCAGCAAGAGAAAACUCAUCACAAAAAGAAGAAAAACAAAUGUCAGCUGACUUUCUUCAGAGACCAUAAGGCAGUGGACUGAUAUAUUCAGAGUGCUGCAAGGAAACAAAACAAAAAAAAAACCUGUCAACCAAGAAUUCUUUAUAAGAAAUCACUGAGUGGUACAGAUGGUUAAGCUCUCGACUACUUACUGAAAGGCUGGCAGUUCAAACCCACCCAGAGGCACCUUGGAAGACAAGCCUGGUAUCUGCUUCUCAAAGGUCACAGCCUUGAAAACCAGGUGGAGCAUUCUCCUUUGCACAUGUGGGGUCGCCAUGAGUCAGAAUCAACUCAGUGGCAACUAACAACAACAAGUCUUCAUACAAAAUUGGCAGAGGAAACAAGUAUAAACUCCCUGACAGACUGUCAACCUAAAAAUCUACCAGAUCCUACAGGGUCGCUAUGAGUCGGAAUCCACCUGAUGGCAGCGGGUUUGGGGUUUUUAUAUCUAGGAAAACUAUCCUGAAAACAAAUGAAGGAGAAAUAAAGAUAUUCUCAGAAAUAGGACUGAGAGAAUUAAUUGCCAGCAGAUCUGCCUUAUAAGAUAUUGAAGGCAAUUAGCCAGGCUGAAAAGAAAGAAUCCAAGAUGACAACUCAAAUCUAUACAAAGAAAUGAAGAGUACUGGAAAAGGUAAAUGUAUGGCUAAAUAUAAAUGUGUGUCUGUGUGUGUAUUCUCUUCAACUUCUUUAAAAGACAUAAGAUUGCAUAAAACAAUAAUUAUACCACUGUAUUGUUGGGUUUAUAACAUAUAAAGGUAAUAUAUAUGACAAUCACACAAAGGAAGGAAGAGAAAUGGAGCUCUGUUGGAACCAGGAUUCUGUAUUUUACCACAAUUAAGUUAGUAUUUGUCUCGAAUAGAUUGCAAAGUAAUCCCUAGAAUAACCACUAAGAAAAUAACAGAAAUACAUAGCAAAAAAAGAAUUAAAAUGGUACACUAAACACAAAAGAAGGCAGUAAAGGAGGAACAAAGGAACAAAACCUUAUCAAUAAUUACAUUAAAUGUGAAAGGACUGAGCACUCCAAUCAAAAGGCAUAGAUUAUCAGAUUAAAAAAAAAAAAUCCAACCAUAUACCUCUACAAGAAAUACACUGUAGAUCCAAAGACAAAUAAGUUGAAAGUAAAAGUAUGGAAAACUAAAUACCAUGCAAACAGUAACCAUAAGAGAGUUGUAGUAGCUAUAUUAAUACUGGAAAAAAGAUUUAAGAAGUAUCACUAGAAACAAAGAGAUAUACUUACUGUGAUAAAAACAUCAAUUCAUCAGAAAGAUAUAUCAAUUCUAAGCACCUAACAACAGAGCCCCAAAUUACUUAAAGCAAAAAUGGUCAAAAUUCAAAGGAGAAAUAGAUAAUUCAACAAUAACUUGAGCUUUCUCUUUAAGAAACUAAAAGAAAAGCAAACCAAACUAAACCCAAAGCAAGCAGAAUGAAGAAAACAAUGAAGAUUUGAGUAGAAAUUAAUGAAAUAGGGAGCAGAAAAUAGAGAAAAAUAAAAUUAAAAAUUGGUUCUUUGAAAAAGUCAACAAAAAUGACAAAUAGGAAAUAAGACUCAAAUUUCCAAAAUGAGGUAUGGAAGAGGGCACAUCACCAGCAACCCCGCAGAAAUUAAAAGGAUUAUAACCAUGUUUUGAUCAACUUCAUGCCUCCUAUUGGACAACUUAGAUAAAAUGGAAAAAUUCCUAGAAAGACACAAAUUUACCAAAACUUACGUGAGAAGAAACAGAAAAUCUGAACAAACCUAUAAGUAAUUAGUAAUUUAAAAAUUUUCUCACAAAGAAAAGCUGAGUCCCAGAAGGGCUUCCCUGGUGAAUUCUAUGAAAUAUUAAAGAAGAAAUAAUACCAAUCCUUAAUAAACUCGUUCAGAAAACAGAGGGAGUACUUUUUUUCCCGAUGCCAAAGCCAAACAGACAUCGUAAGAAAACUACAGACCAAUAUCCCUCAUGAACAUAGAUGCAAAACUCCUUAGCAAAUAUUAGCAAACCAAAUCCAGCAACAUAUUUUCAAAGAAUUAUACACCGUAGGAUUUGUGUAUAAUUUGUGUGGGAUUUGUCUCCGAAGUGUAAGGUUAAUUUAACAUCCAAAAUCAAUGAAUGUAAUAUAUUAACAAAGAACAAAAACCACGAGUUCCUCAAUAGAUGCAGAAAAGCAUUUGAUAAAAUGCAACACUCAUUCCAGAUUCUCAACAAAUUAUGAAUGGAAGGGAACUUUAUUAACCUGUUCAAGGGCAUCUAUGAAAAACUUCAACUAACGUCAUACAGACUAGUGAAAGACUGAAUGCUUUUCCGCUAAGAUCAGGAACAAGGCAGCGAUGUCCACUUUUGCCAUGUCUACUCAGGGAUUGUACUGGAGGUUCUAGCUAGUGCAAUAGGCUAAAUAAAUAAAAAUGUAAAGGCUACCAGAUUAGAAAGGAAGGACUAAACUCUUGAUUCGCAGAUGACACGAUCCUGUAAGAGGAAUCCAUUAAAGAAGAAAAACUACUAGAAUUAAUAAACAUUUAGCGAAGUUGCAGGGUUACAAAGAUAAAUAUUAAAAAAAAAAACCUUGGUAGUUUUUCUCUGUACUACUGUCAUGGAUUGAAUUAUGUCCCCCAGAAAUGUGUAUAUUAACUUGGUUAGGCCAUGGUUCCCAGUAUUUUCUGGUUGUCCUCCAUUUUGUGAUUUGUAAUUUUAUGUUGAAGAGGAUUAGGGUGGGAUUAUAACACCUUUACCAGGUCACAUCCCUGAUCCAAUGUACAGGGAGUUUCCCUGGGGUGUGGCCUGCACCACCUUUUAUCUCUCAAGAGAUAAAAGGAAAGGGAAGUUAGCAGAGAGUUGGGGACCUCAUACCACCAAGAAAGCAGUGCCAGGAGCAGAGGGCGUCCUCUGUGUGGAGAAGCUCCUAGUCCUGGGGAAGAUUGAUGAGAAUGCUGAUGGAGAGAGAAACCCUUCCCCUGGAGCUGACCCCCUGAUUUGGACUUUUAGCCUACUUUACUUUGAGAAAAUAAACUUCUUUUUGUUAAAGCCAUCCGCUUGUGGUAUUCACUGUAGCAGCACUAGAUGACUAAGACAACUACCAAGGAGCAAUCCAAAAACAGAAUUAAGAAAGCAAUUUCAUUCACAGUAGCAUCAAAAACAAUAAAAUACUUAGGAAUAAAUUUUUUAAAAGAUUGCAAGACUUACACUGAAAGUUAUAAAAUUUUGUUUAGAGAAAACUAUAAAUAAAUGGAGAGACAAUCCAUGUUCAUGGUUUAGAAGACUCAGUGUUAAGAUGGCAGUUCUCCCAGAAUUGAUCUAUAAUAUAAAUCCAGUGCAAUCCCUAUCAAAAUCCCAGCAGGCAUUUUAAUAGAAGUUGGCAAAUUUGUCCUAAAAUUUAUAUGGAAAUACGAAGGGUCCACAAUAACCAAAACAAUUUUGAUAAAAUUUGGAGGACGUAGACCACCCGAUUUCCAAUUUUUACUGGUGUAAAAACAGGCAUAUAGAGCCCAAGACAGGAACCAUUCCCAAAGCCAACUCUUUGGACAGGGACUGGACUGGACUAUAAGAUAGAAAAUGAUACUAAUGAGGAGUGAGCUUCUUGGACCAAGUAGGCACAUGAGACUGUGUGGGCAGCUCCUGUCUAGAGGGGAGAUGAGAGGGCAGAGGGGACAGAAGCUGGCUGAAUGGACCGGGAAAUAGAGGGUGGAGAGAAAGAGUGUACAAUAUCAUUAGGGAGAGAACAACUAGGAGUACUUAGUAAGAUGUAUAUAAAUUUUUAUAUGAGACUGACUUGAUUUGUAAACUUUCACUUAAAGCACAAUAAAAAUUAAAAAAAAAAAAAAGUACAGCCAGAGUGCUCCUUGGAAGGGAGGCUGGUGAGACUUCAUCUCACAUACUUUGUACAUGUUAUCAGGAGGGAUCAGUCCCUGGAGAAAGACAUCGUGCUCGGUAAAGUGGAGGGUCAGCGAAGAGGAAGACCCUCAACGAGAUGGAUUGACACAGUGGCUGCAACAACCGGCUCAAGCAUUACAACGAUUGUGAGAAUGGUGCAGGACCGGGCAGUGUUUCAUUCUGUUGUACACAGAGUCACUAUGAGUCAGAACCAAUUCAAUGGCACCUAACAACAACAAAAUUGUUAAAUAAAAAAGCAAGGUGCAAAACUGUACAGUAGGGUACCAUUUUUGUGAAAAAUAAUGUAUGUUGACAAAGGAGAAUGGAAGUUUUUAUAUACACAUUUAUUAUUAAUGGGUAGAUUAUCUAUGGAAGAAAAUGAAAGAAACUUCUAACUAGCUUGAGGUGGCAGGGUGGAGGUUGCAAAAUGGAGGACUAGGGAUAUUGAAAAGGAGACCUACUUCUUUUCUGUAAGAUACCCUUUUUCUUUGUUUUUGGAAUUUGUACCAUGCACAUGAUAUAUCUGUUUAAAAAUAUUAGGCACUCUACCAAAUUGCAUGCAAUUACAUGAAAAAAAAAUUAGGAGUUCAUUCUUGCCAAAUACUAACAGUUGUCAAAUGAGAUUGUGGGUGAUUUUGUUUUCAUGUUUCUAUUUUCCAGUUUUUUUAAUGUGAUUUUUUUGCUUUUACAAUUAAGGAGAGAGAAAAUUAUAAAUAAAGACAUAAACAAGUAAAAAAAAAAAAAAAA